GACGGUAUAAGAACGCCUAGCUCUCGCAGCUCUGCCUUCGCCGCCGCUGCUAUUCUUGUGUUAAUUCGAUUUCAGAAUGAAGUUGGACGUAAACGCUUUGAGAUAUCUGUCCAAGGAUGACUUCAGGGUUCUUACUGCCGUCGAGAUGGGCAUGCGCAAUCAUGAAAUUGUGCCGUCGGAGUUGAUUGAUCGAAUCGCGGCCCUCAAGCAUGGCGGUACAUAUAAAGUUUUGAAGAAUUUGCUGAAGAACAAACUAUUGCACCAUGACUCUUCCAAAUAUGACGGCUUCCGGCUGACAUACUUGGGCUAUGAUUUUCUUGCAAUUAAGACAUUGGUUAACCGUGGAGUUUUUGCUUCUGUCGGUCGUCAAAUUGGUGUCGGGAAGGAGUCGGAUAUAUUUGAGGUUGCUACAGAGGAUGGCACAGUUCUUGCCAUGAAGCUACACAGGCUUGGUAGAGUAUCCUUUAGAGCAGUAAAGUCCAAACGUGAUUAUCUGAGGCAUCGAAGUAGCUAUAAUUGGCUGUACUUGUCAAGGCUAGCUGCACUCAAAGAAUUUGCCUUUAUGAAGGCUUUGGACGAACAUGGGUUUCCUGUUCCACAUGCUGUGGACUGCAAUCGGCAUUGUGUUAUUAUGUCUCUUGUCCAAGGCUAUCCCCUUGUGCAGGUUAAGCAAUUGCAAAAUCCUGACACAGUCUUUGAGUCAAUUCUGGGUAUUGUUGUUCGUCUGGCAGAGCAUGGGCUCAUUCAUUGUGAUUUCAAUGAAUUUAACAUCAUGAUAGACGAUGAUGAGAAGGUCACAAUGAUUGAUUUUCCACAGAUGGUUUCUGUUUCUCAUCGAAAUGCAAAAAUGUACUUCGACCGCGACGUUGAAUGCAUUUUUAAGUUCUUUAGAAAGAGAUUCAACCUCACAUUUGAUGAAGAUGAAGAUGAAGAUGAAGAUGGGGAUGGAGAUGUGGGCAGGGAUGGUGAUUCAGAAGAAGAUUCAGUUGAAGGAUGCCGACCUCAGUUUUCUGACAUAAAGAAAGUUUCUGGUUUCCUGGACAAGGAACUUGAAGCAAGUGGUUUUACUAGGAAGGACCAAGAUGAUAUAGAGAAGUUUGUUGAUGGUGAUGUUGAGAAGGAUCAUGGAUCUGAUUGUGGAGAAACUGAUGAGGAGGAUGUUGUGGAUCAAAUAAAUGACACAAGUGCAAAACGUUUGGAGUCCUUGAACUUGGUUGGGGAGGAAUAUCUACUUGCAACAAACUCAGAGGGCAGCAAUAAUAUUGGAAAUGCAGAUUCAUCCAUCCAAAAUGUACAUAAGCCUAUGGUAGAUAGUCAGGAAGGCGACAACAGUUCUGAGGUUGAUAGAAAAGCCGAGUCCAGUCAGAAUUCUAAAGAAUCCGAAGAAGAAGAGGAAGAAGAAGAAGAAGAUCCUGAGCUUACAAAACGUUUGAGUAAACAACGACGAACAGCCAUCAAAGCUGUACAGGGGAGAAGAAAAGUAAUACCAUCUAGAAACACUUACAAGGACAAAGGUGGGAAGUCCUCUCAUAAUUCCAAGAUUCAGAAGCAAUUAAAUAGCUUCUGGUGAAAGAAACUUCACUUGCCUUAUAUAUCAAGAUGAUGAUGAUGUAGGCCUGCUAUGUUGUUGCAGGCAAGGUUGCCUUCAGAUUUUGGGGGACGUUUUAUACCAAUGUAUGUACUCCCUAUAUUUUUUAUAAUAUAGAAUCUACUUUGAAA